AUGGAUCGAUUUCUUUCAGGCCUCAACCGUGACAUCCAAGACCGUAUGGAGCUUCAAGAGUAUGGUAGUGUAGAACAGAUACUUCACAAAGCCAUAUUGAUCGAGCAACAAACCAAGAGGAAGAGUUUCUCAAAACCGGCCAUUACUUCCAAACCGGUCUUCUCUCCUAAACUGGUCUUUGCUCCUAAACCAAGCUACCAAGACAAAGGUAAGUCUUCUUCCACAACACAUAAUGCUUUUAAAACUGAUGUUCCUGCUCGUGAUGACAAUGGAAAGGCAGUGGAGACUUCUGGCCGAGCAAGAGACAUUAGGUGCUUCAAGUGUCAAGGCCUUGGACACUUCGCCAAAAACUAUCACAACCAACGGGUAAUGAUUCUCAUGGAGAAUGGAGAAGUUGAAUCUGAGAAUGAACAGGAGGAUCUGGGUCCAAUCUUUGAUGAUGAGGACGAGUCAUUUGGAUAUCCACAUCACGGGCCACUACUCGUUGCUAGGAAAAGCAUAGUCGAGUCAAUCUUUGAUGAGACGGACGGCCGCUUGGUCGAUGAUUCAGAUCCGACCUUUGAUGCUGACUCCGAUCCGAUCUUUGAUGAGGAGGUUUGCUUCGACUAUCCAGCUCAUGGACUUUCGGACAUCGAUUCUGUCGUGACCGAUUUUCACCCCAACAAACAGUAUGUGAAAGAACAAGUUACCGUCCCCAUUACCAUUGGCCGAUAUGAGGACGAGGGCGUUUGCAACAUUCUUCCUAUGGACGCAUGCGACAUUCUAUUGGGCAGACCAUUGCAAUUUGAUAAAAGGGCCGUGCAUGAUGGCUUCACAAACCGACACUCCUUUGACCAUAAAGGAAAGAAUAUCACGCUGGUUCCUUUCACACCUUUGGAGGUCCAUCAAGAUCAGGUCCAACUCAAGAGGAGCCGUGACAAAGAACCCAAGCCAGGUGAACCUGAAUCAUCCCAACGGAACUCCAAUUUCUAUAUCAAGCCAAGUCAGGUCAAGAAAUCUCUUUACUCUCAAAAGCCCUUUCUUUUACUUGUGUACAAAGAAUUUUUUUUGGCUUCUUCCUCUGACAUUGCACCGGAGAUUCCGAGUGAACUUUUAGAUGUUUUGCAGGAGUAUUCUGAUGUAUUUCUAGAUGAGAAUCCUAAAGGAUUGCCACCAGUACGAGCCAUCGAACAUCAGAUAGACUUUGUUCCAGAAGCUUCUCUGCCAAACCGACCAUCUUACCGUACCAAUCCGGUGGAGACCAAGGAACUUCAGAAGCACAUUGGUGACCUUCUUCAGAAAGGCUACAUCCGGGAGAGCCUCAGUCCUUGUACCGUUCCUGUCCUUCUCGUGGCCAAAAAGGAUGGCUCGUGGCGCAUGUGUGUGGACUGUCGUGCCGUCAACAACAUCACGGUAAAGUAUAGGCAUCCCAUUCCUAGGAUAGACGACAUGCUUGAUGAGUUGCAUGGAUCAUGUGUCUUCUCUAAAAUUGAUUUGAAAAGUGGCUAUCACCAGAUUAGGAUGAAAGAAGGUGAUGAGUGGGAAACUGUAUUUAAAACAAAAUUAGGAUUGUAUGAGUGGCUUGUUAUGCCAUUUGGUCUUACUAAUGCACCUAGCACUUUUAUGCGUUUGAUGAGCCAUGUCUUGAGGUCAUUCAUUGGUCAUUUUGUUGUUGUUUACUUUGAUGACAUUCUUAUCUAUAGCAAAAACAUUGAAGAUCAUAAGAUGCAUCUAAAGUCUGUUCUUAAAGUGAUGAAGGACUUAGAGUGGACGAGGAGAAAAUCAAAGCCAUCCGAGACUGGACGAGUCCAUAAACCGUGGGCGAGGUAA